CAGCAGACGGUGAUUGAGUUACACAUAGUAUAGUUGUGAAAGUGUUUAUAAACUUCCUAAAACUUAUAAGAGAGGUAAAUAUAUAAAUUUGAUGUUGAAAAAUUUGCAUUGAAAAAAUAACUAAUGCUGCAAAUGGCGUUUUGGAUUUUAAUAAGCGAUGUGUUGGUGUUACCACUUUCAAAAUGGCCGCCAUUGUAGUUCAUAGUUUAGGUUUAAAAUGUAUAGUUCAUAAAACUUUCAUUAUAUAUAUAUAUAAACUAUUUUGUAUUCUUAGAUAAAAUGAAAAUGUUUAUAUGAUUAGUGAUGAACAUGGAUUGUGUAUAAUAUAUUCAGAUAUUUGCAAGAAUGCAAACAUUUUUUUUUUUUUGGAAGCCUGUAUACAUACUUUUUCUUCCAUAAUUACGAUUUUGUACUGAUGUGUAUCCAUCAAUAUGUAUAAGAAAGCUUGCUUGAGCAUACAUAGCUAUCUGUAUAUGUAUAAAAUAUUUCGCGCUUAUUUUAUUUUACAUACCAAACUGUAUUUAACAGCUGCUAUGUAGAUAUUGUUGUGUUGCAAAAGGAGCGUUCUGUAUAAAAAUCAUAAAUCACAAGUUUUGGCGGCAAUUAUACAUAUAUCAAUGAAUAUUCAGAAAUUAUUACCGCUAAAUACAAACUAUCUUUUACGCAAGAAUUAAGUACAGUUAACGCAAGAACUAUUCAAACUAAUCGAUUCUUUCAAGGCUGAAAAUUGCACAUUUGACGAAAACCAUUUAAUUAGAUAAUUUGUAUGUAUCCAGUAUGCAACACUUCCGUUAUGGAAUAAUAAACUACAAAUGUUAAUGCAAAUAAACAAUUUGUAGCAUUAGAGUUAAAAAAAAAAUUUAAUAUGCAAUAUACUAGUACUAUGUAUGCAUCGUUUCUUCAUAAAUUCAUUUGUAACGCAACACUGUCCUUUAUCCUGAGCAAGUAUGAGCCUACAAGUCUGCUAUAUAUUGUUUGUUUUAUUUGUACGACAUAUUUUCAGUUACUCAUACAGUAAUUGUUGAUGUUUAUGUUAAUGGAAAUUCUCAAAAAAUUUUCCUAAAAAACUCGGAAGAUUUUAUUUCCAAUUUAAUUCGUUGUCUUUCAAUAAUAAUAAUUUAAUUAUCAAAAUGUUAAGUAAAGGUUGGCGUUCAUAACUAUGUUGGAUAGUCGCGUUGUUUUAAAACUGUGUUUAACUGUACCAACAAGAUUUUUGCUUUUCAAGGGCAGUUCCUGACUUGCGCCACACAAUUUGUCGACUUUUUGUCAAAAAUGCAAAAUUUAAAUUUACUUUCAUCCGAAAAUAUUGUCUCCAGAACUCCGGCGACUUAUUUAUAUAUUGUAUUUAUGAGCAAUGCGCUUUCGUCUGUUUACAAGUGAAAUAUAUGGUUUCUUACAAACGACUUUACCAUGAUAUCCUUCUUUUCGUAGAAUUUUUUUUUUUAGCAGUUUCGGCACAAAUUGUUUUUUUUUAAUGGUUAUAUUUACUUUUUCAAUAAUGUUUGUUGACGUGGGUUAACUUUCACCAUUUUCAUAUUUUCCGUUCUUCUCGGGUUGAUAAUAUUUUUGGACAGCCAGAUCGCGGUUUUGACGUUAAAAUUUCGGUUUUUUUUUAAUUGACGACACGCUGGACAGAAGAAUACGUUCUUCCAAUAGUUUGCCCAAUUUUCUGAAGCUUUCGCCAUCUUUCCACAACUAGAUACUUUUUUUUUCGGCCAACUAAUUUCUUUUCCUUUGGUUUCCAUUUUUUUAGUUUUAAUAUUAUUAAAACGCUCUUUAAAUGAUUAAUUAUAUUAAAACACAAUAGAAUCUACGGAAAAAGAAGAAACAAAUUCAUGAGAAGUAACGGUAUUUUCAUCUCAAGCUAACUGACCGCGGACUUAAUGGUGCCUAUGUUUACUUUUCUUAAACCGAAAUCCCUUUAUCAUAAAAAUGAAAAGAGGAAUAUACAUUUUUGUUUUUGCAUUUUGAACUUAAGAAUAUAAAGAAGAAAUACAUGUAAAAAUUUUUAACUGGAUUACAUAUUUAUAUUGUGCUUUUACUUCAUUUAAAAAAAUUGUGUCGGAUGAACGCAGACUUCAUUGGGUAUGUGUAUCAAUGUAAUAUUAUUAUUAGCCGUAAAUAUAAAAACACUUUCACUUGCUGUCACAACAACAUUUAUAAUGUAUUAGCAUAGUUAAUCAAAUAUAGUGUAAAUAUCAACAAUUUUCGGAAAUUUUCACAGUUAUUUGGACCAUGCUUUUCUGUAAAACUUAAAAUUCAACAGAUUUUUCACUACCAUCUUUAUCUGUUUUGGGAAACUAUUUAGAUUUUGGGUAAACUGUACAUUUGAACAGCAGUUGUCAAAUAAUCCUUUCAUGUUUUAAGGUAAUUUUAAUUCCAGUUCGAAAAAGCAGAUAUGGCUUUUUUUUUUGCCGAAAAUGAAUGUUCGGAAAAUCAUCACUGUCGUAGUUGUUGCGCAAAAACGCGCAAACUAUAUAAUCGAAAAAUAGUUGCACAAAAAAUUACAACCAAAACCAACAAUGCUAGCUAAAAUCUUAUUGUAUUGUUUAUUUUAAAUUAAUGUUUUAUUAUAUUUGUGGAUUUUUAGGGUAUAGAACAGAGAUUGGAUAAAGUGCACUUAAUCUAUCAUUUUUGAAAUAAUCAGUUUGGCUUUAUUCUAUUUGCCAAAAGAAAAUUUUUUUUAUAUACACAAUUCAUUCUCUUUUUGUGCCUUUUUUAAUAGAAAUCGAUCAUUUUUGCACAUUUUCAAAUGCGCAGUAAGGGCAUUAGUCAACCUUAAAGUAGCAGUACAAACUGCACAGUGUUGCCAGACCUAAUACAAAGGUAUCAGUAUCAUGAGCAAAUCGUUAAUUUUAAUCUGGUAAGACCUAUCAAUUUUCCACACAAAUAUAUACAUUCCGGACCGACCAGAAAACCAUUGGUGAAAUGGCUAUGGAACUUCCUAAACAUUUUAAUAAGUUAAGAGUAGGUAAAUAAUUUUUCAAUUAAAAUUUCAAUAAACGUUAUUGUCGGCGUUUUUUAAUUAUACUGAGAUCGGUAGUCUUUCACUAUACAAAAUACUGUUAUAGUAUUCAUGGCUAGUGGACCGAUCACUAGUUACCUAAUAUACUUUAUAUUGUAUAUAAUUACAAUGCCGUAUUAAAAUGUUAUGUAAAAACUUAUAUUUAACUUUUUUACGAAAUGCAUUGUACCACAUUAAUAAUUUGGUCCCAAUUUAAACAUGAUGGCAUAUUGUAUUUGAUUCCGACUUAGAUUUCCAUUCCGAAAAAUAGUCUUGUGAGACACUGCUAAGUGGGAAAAAAUUACCAAUUAUUUUAACACAAAAUAUAUGUAACCAGGUGAUAUUAAAGCUUUUAUAAUUAAUUUCCAGAUAAAAAGAAGAAAAAAGAACAAUGGCUCGUACUAAGCAGACUGCACGUAAAUCUACCGGUGGAAAAGCACCACGCAAGCAACUUGCCACAAAGGCAGCUCGUAAGUCCGCCCCCUCAACUGGCGGUGUAAAGAAACCUCACCGUUAUCGCCCGGGAACCGUAGCCUUACGCGAAAUUCGCCGUUAUCAGAAAUCGACUGAAUUGCUUAUUCGAAAAUUGCCAUUUCAGCGCUUGGUCCGUGAAAUCGCUCAAGAUUUCAAAACUGAUUUGCGUUUCCAAUCCGCUGCCAUAGGUGCUUUACAGGAAGCAUCUGAGGCAUAUCUCGUCGGCCUUUUCGAAGACACUAACUUAUGCGCAAUUCAUGCCAAACGCGUAACUAUAAUGCCGAAGGACAUUCAAUUGGCUCGUCGAAUCAGAGGAGAACGCGCUUAAGCUUCUUAAUAAACUUAUCAAUUUUCUUAAUUAUAUAAUAAAAAUUAAUAAAUAUGUAAUACACUUAAGAUUUCCCCCAAAACUCCAAUAACGGUAUUCUGUUUACUUGCAGUUAUUGAUUGAAAAUACUUCAAAAAUACUUGUGUAGUAUUUCUAAUAAAUAAGUAUUAUAUAAUUUCUUUAUAUGUAUAAGAAUGAAAAUACUUUGUUUUUGUGCACUAUAAUGGUGUAUUCUAUAAUGGUAUAUUCUAUCCCUUUAAUUAUUACAAUAAUACAUUAUGCUCUCAUUUUUCGUAAACGUUAUCCAUUUGAAAAUAUGAUACUUUCACAACUUAUGUAGGUAUUUAACGGUAGUAUCCCAACCGUGAAAACAUUAAAGAAGUAAUCAAUGGUAAAAGCACUUAGUUUUCUAUAAGAUUACAUAUUAAUUACAGUUAAAUUGUAGUUUGUAUACAAUAUAUUCAAAAAAUAAUAAAACGGUUUUGUUACAAAGCCGAAAAU